GCUUAGAGAACGGUAGUUGUUUGAUGGUGUCUAUGACUUCGUGAUUCGUGACUGUGAAUUGUAAAGUAUACUUAAAGUUUUAUACGAUAAAUGUGUUCCACAUAUUAAAAUAUUGUAUGAGGCAAAUCAUUUGUUUCAUAACCAAAUAUCAAAUCUCGAUGUAGAAUUAACUCAAUCGUCUUAUAGAUAUAAAUAUAUACCGGCAAAGCAAAGUUAGGGCCAAACAAACCCCUCGUAACACUUAACUUGGGGACCAGUGGCUUAAAGAUGACUUCCAAACUACCGCCAAUGACCGGGUAGGCGAACUGUUUAUGAAGACAGGAUUGCUCAGCAGUUCCAAACAGCAGCCAAACAAUACUUUGCGUGAUUCGGUUAUAUCGAGACAACUACUGUACCCGCUAUACUGUGUUAUUGAACUGAACUAUGGAUAUAGACAUUCCCCUUCCUGGGGAAGAAGUUCCCCUGAGUGAAAUAGAACCACCAGACAUUCCUAUGCCAGAUGAUCCUCCAGAACCUUUCAGAGGAUCUCCUGUCUCCACUCCAGCCAUUUCUGCCGAGUCUACUCUAUCAGAGCCAUCUCAAGAGGAUCCUGAAGAUAUAGAUCCUGUUCUUCCAUCUGAGCCUGGACCAUUCUCAACUGCAACAGAUGAUGAGUCUUAUGAUCCUAAUAGGUAUUCACCAAGUGUGCCAAUGGAAGAAGAUGAUCUUCCGGUGGCAGAAGUGUCUAAUGUUCCUCCUCUUUUACCUCCGCCUCCACCUCCACCUUCUCUUGCCCCGUUACCCUCUACCAGCAACCCUGCUCUUCUCUCUUCAUCUCCAACACCUUCUUCCACUCAAACACGAAGCCUAGUACUGGGUAAGACCCAAGCCAAAAAACGUCUUUUAGCUUUUUCAAUGACAAAACAGGGUGGGGGCACUGGUGUCUCUUUUAAUCUUGCAAAAAAACCAACCAUCAGCAAAGAGAGUGCUAAAGGAUUUUCGGAUGAGAAAGAGGACGCAAAGAAGAAACCUUCAAAGAAAGGAACUGUAGACAAGGCAAGAGAUACAAUAAGUGAGAUAGAAGAGCUAAAACGUAAAGAAAUGCAAAUGAUAGAAAAUAUGCAGACCAUGCAUCCUCAUUGGGGAAUGCUAGAUACUCACAACCUCCCAGCUUCUCUGCCCUUCCAACUAGUUGGGGAAGUAUUAGCAAAGAAGAUGAAACGUGAAACUGAAAGGAAGGAGAAAGAUCGGAGUAGAAGUCGCAGUGGAGAUAGAAGAAGAAAUAAAUCUAAAAGAUCUGAUAAGGAUAAGGAAAGGUCAAAGAAAAAGAAAACCUUGCCUAACAAUUGGAAUGAAUUUAAAAAAGAAGGACAUAAAAUACGACACUUUCGCCGUUUCAAAUUUGAAGUUGAGAAGGAUAAUCUACGAGAAAAGAAACGUCACAAAAGAAGUCGUAGCAGAUCAAGAUCAAGAGAUAGAUCAAAGAAAGAUAAAAGUCCUUCCAAAAAAGGAAGCCGGAUUAAUCUACUAGAAACACCUAUGAUUGUCAAGAAGGUAUUGGUGGCAGUUGAUGUUCGUGGGACAAAAGAUGUUGAGUUCCCAGAGUACCUAGUGCGUUAUACCAAAACAAGGCCUCCUAUAAACUACUGUGAAAAUCCCAGCCAGGCCACCUAUCAUCUUGUCAAUCGCAAACAGAUGAUGUCAACUUUACCAAGGGAUAUUGAGGAGAUAAUUGUACAUUUUCUUAACAGUAUGCGGCCUAAACGAUUAAGGCAGAAAAACAAAGUUAAUGAAGUGAAUGAGGGGGUGAAGAAUUUUGUCGAGCCUUUUAAUCCAUGCCGAGAUGUGGGGGAAAUAAUUACUUCUGGUGACAAAACUUUCCUCAAUGAUGAAGAGGUUUGUAAAUCAGAAGUCUCUGAUGUACAACAUGAGGCUAGUGAUCUGAAAAUAGAUUUAAAUAAAGAAGAAGUAAAUCUAAUUCUUGAUAGUAUAGCUAAAGUCAAUCCAAGUGGAAAUAUAGUUGAUGAAAAUAAUGAAAGUGAGGAAAUGAAGAAAAUGAAUAAAGAAGAAGAAGAAGAAUGUGUUAGCAUUGAUCCAGGGGAAUCAGAUGAAGUAGCUGAUAGUAAAGUUAACAGUGAAGAAAUUAAAUUAGCAAAAGAAAGAAAUACAAAUAGCAACAAAGAUGAUGACAGUAAGAUUUGUAAUCUUGAGCAUCGCAGCUGGUAUCAGAAGAUCAGUGAUUGGAUGUUUGUUUCUAUUCCCUUACAUGAAGAAGACGAUAUAGAAAUUGAGGAAUUGGCUUUAUUACCAAAUGUAGUGGAAGUUGAUCAGUAUAAUGACAAAGAGUUAAAUUUAGCUGAAGAAAACUUUGAUCAAACAAAUAAUUACAAACCUAGGUCUCGUAAUAUCAGUCAAAGUAGUGUGAAUGUUAUUAAUGAAGAGCUAGAACCUAUAAUUAAAUCUGCAAUUCGAUCCAAGUGGGAUAGUGACUAUGAAGAGUCAGAAGAAGAAAACAAACUUGAACAUGUUAAAGAAGCUAAACCUGUUGAACUUGAAUCUUUUCCUGAAUUUGUUGAACAGGACAACUCCAAAGUAAAACAUGAAAAUCUAGACAUUACCAACGAUAAUUUGGGUGUGGUACCAAUGGAAGUUGAAGAAGAUGAAAAAUUUGAAGAUAGAAGUGAUAGUAUGAAGUUUGUUGACAGCAAGAGAACAAGUGAAAAUUCAAUAGGAGUACAACAAGAAUCAGAGGAAGGAAAUAAAGCAGAUCCUCCUGAUGUUGUAGAGAAACUUGCCUCAGAAUAUGAAGAGUUCAUGAAGAUGCUAGGUUCUGAAAAUCAACCGGAUGAAACUGAAGAAGUAGAAAAAGUAGCUAAACUUGACGAUGCCAAUCUGGAGAAUAAGAAUAAUUGGGAAGAGGAAACUAGUGAAAGAGAAGAUUUUACUCACAAUGACUCUGUAUCAAUCACCGAUGAUUUACAAGUUCAAAAUGAUUCCCAAAUCCCAGAAGGGCAGUCUGAUGAGCCUAUUUUGGCAAUGGAAAAAGAUGUUUGGGAAAGAAAGAAAACAUUUUCGAAUAGAUCAAGAUCAGUUAGCUCUUCACGAUCUCUUGAUUUUAAAAAUAUUGAAGAGGCAAUAUUAUUAAAGCACAAAAUUCUUAACGAAGCUCUGCGCAAAAAGAAGAAAACCAAAGUACAAGGCUCUAAAAUAAAAAAGAAAUUGAAAGGUAAACUAAAAAAAUCCAAGAAACGCAAAAAACAAUCAAGCAGUGAGUCUUCAACUUCUUCUAGCUCCAGCUCAUCUUCAUCUUCAUCAUCUUCUUCCUCGUCUUCCAGUGAUGACUCUUCAAGUGAAUCUAGUUCAAGUUCUGGUAGUAGCUCAAGCUCAGACAGUUCCAUAGAUUUAAAAAAAUUGAAAAAACAUAAACUAAAAAAAUUGAAAGCUAAACUGAAGCGUAGGAAGAAAAAGAAACUUGAAUCAACUAGUGAUUCUUCUGAUUCUAGUAAUGAAGAAAGCAAAUUAAAAAAAAAAUUGAAGAGGAAGUCUAAAGACAGCAAAUCAAGAAAGAAAAAGAUUAAGGAAAAGACAUUAAAAGGAAAGAAAAACAAAAAAUCUAAAGAUAAAAUUCAUACUGAAGACGCUUUACUUGACUAUUCGGUUUUUAAGAAACGCCAGAAAAAGAAGAGAAAAAAAUAUGACAUUGAGGAGGAUACUGAAGAUGUUCCAACAAAGAAAAAAAGUAAACUAGAUGGUAAACUAGAAGAAGCAUCAAAAAUACAUAAGAAAAAUAAGACAGGAAAAUCUAAGAAAACCAAAGGUGGAAAGGAAAAGAAGAAAAAUGAUGAAGAAUUAAAAAAAGAUGAAAGCACACUAAAAGAGGAUGUUUCUAAAAAGAAAUCUUUGAAAGAUAGAUCAAAGUUUUUAGUCAUAGAUAGUGAAGAAAUUGAUAAGAAAUUGUUGAAAAUGAAAAACAAAGAUAAAAAACAGAAGAAAGGUGAGAAAAAACAAAAAGAUAUUUUUUUAGGGUUUGGAGAGAGCUUGAAACCCUCUAAAAACACUAAAUGCAUUGAUGACAUUAGUGAUAAAACAAAUAGCAUUAAAGUGAACAAGACUGGGAUAAAAAUGUCUGAAGAAGAUUUUGAAAUUCCCCUUAAAAGGCCUACUGAGUUUCAUAAAGAUGCAGAAAUAGAAGGAAAUGAAGAUGUCACUCAAAUUGAAAAUAGAGGAGAAAGAAUGUCUUUUUUAGGGCAAAGUAGGAGGUUGACUGAGGAGGACUUUGAAAAGGAAUUUAUUGAACAGGUCCCUACUGAAUCAGCCAAACUAGACAUAUUGAAAAACAAAGCAGAUAUUUUGCAAGAACCAAAGGAGCCAUUUAAGUCUCUAAAUGCAAUUGAGAAGAAAGAAAUUGACAAAUCUAAAAAGAAAUCAAAAAAAGAAAAGAAAAAGAAGAAAAGCAAAGAAAAAGGGAUAGAAAAGGAUGCUAGUGCUAUUAGAGUAGGAAAUAAAGAAACCAAGAAAAAGAAAAAGAAAAAGGAGAGAAAAUCAAAAAAGCCGGAUAUACUUAGCAAAGAACCAUUGAUACAAAAGAAACAUUUUGAUUCCAGUGUUGCAAUUCUUGAACAGUUUGCUCCACAAAAUGUGUCAAGUGGUUCUAAUAACAAACAUUCUGAUAUGUUACAUCCACUCUCUCAAGAAGAGACUGAUAAGAUGGAUCAGAACAAGUUUGGAGCUAAGGGUCAUGAAUGUGAUCGUGACCACUCUAACUCAAAGUUGAGUUUAUCUCCUUCAAGAAAAUGUGGACCAAUGAAUGACUGGAGUGAUGACAGUGAGACACGUGGAAGUUUUUUAAAACAGAUAAAGAAUAGGGAUGAAAAUGUGUCUGGUGAAGUCUUAGGCAGUAUUGUAAACAAAACAAUUGGUACGAUAGUCAAUAAAACAGUAAGUGAACUCACCUGCCCUAUGUUUGAUUCUCAAAGUGGUGAUGGAGAUGAUGAGACGUUCAGUUAUAAAAAACAGAAGAAGGGAGAGUGUGAGAGGAAAAUGGAACAACUAGAUGAAGACUUUCGAGUUGGUAGAAAAAGUAAAGAUCAAUCAAUAUUUUUUGAAAGGGAAGUUGAUUCUAUUGAAUCAAAUAACAAACUUCGUAGUAACAUUGCUGAGAAAUUGUCUAAAAAACAAAUGAGCAGUGGUUCUAGUCCAAAUGUAAGUGAGGACUUAAACUCUCAUAGUAAUAGCUUCAUUCUUGAGAAAGAGACGCAAACAAAAAAUAGUGUAAAAGGGAUUUGUGGAUUUUCUGAUUUUGAACACAUUAAUAAAGUAUCAGAAAAGUGUAUAAUAUUGAAAGAAAAUGAUCAUUCUGAAAGAUACAGUCCUACAUUGGACAUGGAUGCAAUUUCUCCCACCAGUAAUGAAAAGAUUAAUAGUGAUAUGUCAUUGGACAGUGAGCCAGAAAAUUCACAACUAAAUAAAAUUGAGUCUGGUAUAAAUAUGUUGGAUAUUCCUUUACCGCCUUGUGGAAUUCCAGUGCCAUCAAUGAUACCUCCACCACUUAUGCCUGUACCAGCACCAGUUCCACCUCCUGUUAUGCCUGUUCCUCCACCUACCUUCAAAAAUAUCCUAAAUUUGCCAUUAAAGUCAUCUUUAACAUCAGAACCCAAAACUAUAUCUAUUGUUGAAGAACAUUUGAAAAAUACUGAAUUUCAAACAACCGUGUCUGAGCUAACACCUAAUGCAGGUGCAAAGUCGUUAUUUGCAGAUCCUUUAAAAAUUCCAAUGACAAAGAAGCUGAAUUUUGGUAAACCUACUCCGAAACUGAAACCAAUAAACAUUUUUGAAGAUGAUGAAGUAGAAGAAGGAGAAGGAAGUGACCAACAGUGUUUAAGCAAAAUUCCUCUUGAUGUUCAUACCAAUCAGGAAAAAUCUAAUUUAGACACAGCUGUAGAGAAAGCUGAAAAGAGAUUGAGAGGUAAAAUACACCCUAGUAAAAUGGAUACACCAAUAGAAAAUUCACCAUCAUUGUUGGUCCACGAACAAGCUGUUCAAAUGAAAGAUAAAAAUAAUACUACCCUGCAAAUAAACGACUCUUUAAAACAACUCCAAGUUACUGGAAAUUUAACUUGUUCUCAAAAUCAAGCAGGUGAAUCUUUACUCAGUGAAAUAAUGAUAUCUCAAAAGACGAAUGAUCAAAACACAUUUCUUAAUUUGAUUUCUGCAAAUCCUGAUGUAGAAAAUGCAAGAGACUCUUGGGGUGAUACUGUGGAAGCAAUGACUGAUUUGAACAAUAUAAAGAGUAAUACUGGAAUAAAUAAUGACAAACAGAAAGAAGAUGUAGAUACACCUACAGAGGAGGUGACAGUUAAAGAAGAAAUCAUAUCUGAUGACCAGGAUAAUGAUGAAAAUAUUGAUAGUUCAAAUUUUGACUCAAACCUAGAAAUUAAACAAGAACCUGAGAGUGAUUUAUCUCAAGAAGUACCAAUAGAGAAAGUACAAACAGAUGAACAAGAUGUUGGGGAUGUAGAAAGAAGUAAAUAUUUUUCAGAAGAAGAAAGAAAAAAGAAGGAAUAUGAGGAUUAUCGUAGCUCAAGAAGAAGAGAAUCAUCUAGAGAGAGACGUGACAGGUCAAGGAGAGAUUCUUCAAGAGAUAAAGAUAGAAGAAGAAACCGAUCUCGUUCAAGAUCGAGAGAUAGAAGACGGGAUCGAUCUAGGGAAAGGCAUCGAAGGGACUCUCCAGAUAGAAGGAGUAGAAGACGAGAUAGAUCUAGAGACAGAAGUUUCAGAGGAUCCUCUCGAGAUAGACGGAGAGAGAAAAGUCCCAGAGGAAGAAGAGAUCCCUCAAAAGAACGAGAAAGAAGUCCAAGAAGAACAGAAAGUUUGAUUGAGAUUCGUUCUUCAACAUCUGAAAAACGUGAUACAAGCCGAAAUGACAGCAUAUUAGAGGAGAAAAGGACAACUGAAACAUCGAAGUUAAUAGUAGAAAAACACACAAAGCCGAAUAGUCCCCAUAGAUCUCUUAGUCCACAUAAAAACAAAAGCAGUCCUUACAGAUCUCCAAGUCCGUCAAAAAGAUCUAUUAGCCCAUUGCUGAAAUCACCUCUAUAUCAAAGGAGACCACACCUUUCUCAGAUGAACCGUUCACCAAGUCCUAAAAGAUUAAGCCCAUCAAAGAGAGCUUUGAAUAGAUCUCCAAGCCCCCGAAGACUACUCAGCCCUGCAAGACGACCUUCAAGUCCAAUUAGGAGACCCUUAAGUCCUCAAAGAAGACCUUUGAGCCCUCAGAGAAGACCUUUGAGCCCCCAGAGAAGACCUUCGAGUCCCCAAAGAAGACCUUCGAGUCCCCAAAGAAGACCUAUGAGCCCUCAAAGAAGACCUAUGAGCCCUCAAAGAAGACCUAUGAGCCCUCAAAGAAGACCUAUGAGCCCUCAAAGAAGACCUAUGAGCCCUCAAAGAAGACUUAUUAGUCCUCAAAGAAGACCCUUGAGUCCACAAAGGAGAGCUAGUCCUCAAAGAAGACCUGCAAGUCCGCAAAGAAGACCGCCUAGUCCUCAAAGUCCUUACAGAAGCCCAUAUAGGUCACCUAGUCCUUAUGUAAGGCAAAGUCCUUUGAAAUUGUCAAGCCCAACUAAAAGAUAUUUAAGUCCUUCAAGAAGAUCAUCUCAACAUCCAUGGCGUCCUCCAAGUCCACCUAAAAGGUCUUUAAGUCCAAAUAAACAUUCUCCAAGCCCAGGGAAAAGAUCAUCUAGUCCAUUAAGGAAGUCUUAUAGUCCACAGAGAAGACCACUUAGUCCUUGGAGACCUCCAAGCCCUCCCAAUACCCAAAAAGUUCCAAAAAAUUCCCAAUCUAAAUCACCUCAAAGAAGUCUAGAAUAUUCUGGAAGAAAUCCCUCACCGCUUGGAUUCAAACGGAGCUUAGCUGACUCUACAAUUAGUGAUUCAGACUUGCCUCCUAUUAAAAAAAUCACAAGAAGUGCUAUUCUCUCCCCCAAGAGGUUACCAUUGGAUGAUCGUAUAGAGCUUGAACUAGGAGUGAAAAAGAGCCCCCCUCCACCUCCCCCAUCUAGUUGCUACCCGGGAUACCAGUCUUUCUACCAGAUCCCGCUCCAUGAUGAUGGUCAAAUACAAAUGCAACCAGCUAGUCAGCAGCGGAGGAACACCAACCUGGUCCAACCUCCAAGACUUGAUUUGGAUGCUAGCCAGCAGCUUAUGAGGCAGGGAAAAUCUUCACAAGUUUUACAGGUGGGAAACAUACUGCAGGUGGUGCCAUCUGAAGCUGUUUCGUUAACAUCUGGCACUAAUCCGCUACCAGUGCCAGUUCCAACACCCACCACUCCUACUCAGGUAACACCAAAGUCAGGCCAGUCCACGUCAACUUCCACGGUCGUACAAGUGGGCAAUAUGCUUCAAGUGGUGCCAUCUACAUUAGUGGCAACCCCAACCCCCAGUGUACUGUCUCUGCCACUGCCCCUGCCUCUACCUCUGCCUGUUGCGUCUCCCUCCUCCCCAGAGCCCCUCCCUGCUCCCACAACUUCGGCAACAGUCACUUCGCCGCUACUGUUACCUCUACCUGUUGCCAAGAAGAAUAUCAAGGUUGAUGACGGAGCUUUAAGAAGAAUGGAAAAGGAAAAAAGGAAAAGAGAAAAAGAAAUAAAGCGGCAGCAGAAAAUAUCAAAACAAAUGCUUAGGAAGGCAUUACUAUUGAAGGAUACGUAUCCUUCAGUUUCAGAACUUGAGUCUGAAGAGGCAAAACAAUCUGAGGACGUAGUGGAAGAAGCAGAAGAGCCUUCUCCAAUGGUAAUGGUGACUCCAGCCAAAGCCAAAGUGUUAGCUCCUCUUCCUCCGCCUCCUGAAAAAGGAAUUCUAAUAUCACCUGGCUUCAGAGAGAAACCCUUGAAGGAAGAGAAAGUCCGGAAGAGUGUUUCAUUUGCUGAUGGAGUGCAGCCAGGGGAAGGGGAUGAAGCUCCGAAUGAAGAACACCCACAAUCUCCUCCACCUCAACCCAAAGAAAAACUCUUCAAGAAAAACAAGAAGAAACGCAAGGUAAAAGUGAGGAUCAUCAGGGUAGAAGAUGGAGAGGAUGACGAGGACGAGGAUGACAGUUCUCCUCCUCCCCCACCACCAGGAUCUCCACCCCCUAUGUUUCACUAUCCUCCUCCACCACCUGGAUUCAUGUACGUUCCACCCCAACCAUUUACAGUGUUGCAAGAAGGAUUGACACCACUUUACCAACAGCAUCACAGCAGUACUACAACCACCCAUACAACCACAGUACAGUUUGGUCCCCCAGCACCACAGAAACCGAAGACCAAAUGAGAGAAUCUGGUUUGGAGCUCUGACUGUAUUUCACUACGUGGUUAUUUGUUGUGUUAAUUUACGUAAAAUUUUUUAUUCUAAGUGAUGAUGAAAUAAUAACAGUUUGUUACUUUGCAUGUAUAAUGCAUUAAAAAAAUCACACAUGCAAUUAAGAGGAAAGUUUCACGCAGCUAUGUCUUUCCUGUUUUGAAAAGACACUUUGAUGAGAUGUAAUUUUUCAAUUGUAGCAUAAUGUUUCCUACACUCAGUAAAAGUUAGUUUGUUAUGCAACUAAUAUGUAAUAAAGCAUUAAACACAAUUAA